AUGAGCGACACUGGGGCUAAGCCUGGCCCGGAGCCAAGCGAGCGCACUGUCAUCGGCAUCACCUUUGGCAACUCCAACAGCUCCAUCGCCUACCUGGUUGACGACAAGGCCGAGGUUAUUGCGAACGAGGAUGGAGAUCGCCAGAUCCCCACCAUUCUGUCGUACGUCGACGGCGAAGAGUACUACGGCCAGCAGGCCAAGAACUUCCUCGUGAGGAACUCCGAGAACACAGUCGCCUACUUCCGUGACUUCCUCGGGCAAGAGUUCAAGUCGAUCGACCCAACCCACAACCACGCCUCGGCCCACCCCCAAGAAUCCGGCGAGACCGUCUCCUUCACGAUCAAGGACAAGGCUGGCGAGGAGGAGCCUGCUUCGACCCUGUCCAUUUCUGAGAUUGCCACCCGCUACAUCCGCCGCCUGGUGGGCUCUGCCUCGGAGUACCUCGGGAAAAAGGUCACGUCGGCCGUCAUCACCGUCCCCACCAACUUCAACGACAAGCAAAAGGCCGCCCUUAUCGCUGCCGCCGCCGCCGCCGACCUUGAGGUCCUCCAGCUCAUCAGCGAACCCAUCGCUGCCGCUCUUGCCUACGACGCGCGCCCCGAAGCCAAGGUUCAGGACAAGAUUGCUGUGAUUGCGGACCUGGGCGGCACGCGGUCGGAUGUCGCCAUCGUGGCGAGCCGCGGUGGUAUGUACACCGUCCUGGCCACGGUCCACGACUACGAGUUUGCUGGUGUUGCGCUCGACAAGGUGCUCAUGGACCACUUCGCCAAGGAGUUCCUGAAGAAGAACUCGGGCGCCAAAGACCCGCGCGAGAACGCCAGGAGUCUGGCCAAGCUGAGGCUCGAGUCCGAAUCCACCAAGCGCGCGCUCAGCCUGGGCGCCAACGCCAGCUUCAGCGUCGAGAGUCUGUCAGACGGCAUCGACUUCGCGAGCACCAUCAACCGUCUGCGCUACGAAACCAUCGCGAGGACCGUGUUUGAGGGUAUCAACCGGCUGGUGGAGUCGGCGGUUAAGAAGGCCGGCCUGGACGUGCUGGACGUGGACGAGGUGAUCCUGUCCGGCGGCACUUCGCACACCCCGCGCAUCGCUUCCAACCUCAGCAACAUCUUCCCCCAGACCACAAGGAUAUUGUCGCCUUCGACCGAGGUGACGGCGCUCAACCCCUCCGAGGCCGAGGCCCGUGGCGCCGCCCUGCAGGCGAGCCUGAUCCAGGAUUACGAGGCCGAAGACAUCGAGCAGUCGACCCACGCUGCCGUUACCACGGUACCGCACGUCUCCAACGCCAUCGGUGUCAUCUCAGUGAACGAGGCCGGCGAGGAAGUGUUCGUCCCCAUCGUUCCCCCUGAGACGGCCGUCCCGGCGCGCCGCACGGUGCACGUGUCCGCCCCCAACGGCGGCGACGUCCUGGUCAAGGUUGUCGAGGGCAACACGCAUAUCAAGGUGACCCAGCCCGAGCCUAAGGCCAAGGAGAACGGCGAGUCUAAGGCUGCCAAGGUCGAGGAUGCUGACGACAGCGACGAGGAGGACAGCGACUUCUCGGAGGAUGAGGAGGAGGAGGAGGAGAAGCGGGAGAAGGUCUGGAAGAUCGGGUCCACCCUCGCCGAGGCGGGUGUGAAGGGUGUCAAGAAGGGUGGCAAGGUGGAGGUCUCGAUCACUGUGAACUCGGAUCUGUCGGUUAUCGUAACAGCGCGAGAGGUUGGCGGCAAGGGCGGCGUCCGCGGGACACUGACGAGUGCCUAG